AUGGUCUCAGAGAUCUCUAAAUUGACUAUUUCUUUGGUGGUGAAAUAUGAACGUUUAGAAAGAAUUGCUGUCAACCCAUUCCAUUCUUCCUACCUACAAUUAUUCAGCAAUCUACGCCACUUAUCAUCGGUAAAUCGUUUAUUUAAAGCUUUAUCAGGACCACAUACGAUCACUGCGCAACUAUGGUUUAAGAGAUAUAGUCGUGAUAUACCAGAAGAAGAUCUUUUGAAAGUUGCAAAUGAAUGGAAAUUCCCAUUGGAGACAGAGUAUGCAAAAAGUCUUAUUACCAUCAAUGCUCCACCCGAACCACCAGGUUUGUCAGCAGAUCCACCAGGUCCAAAAAGAGCUUUACGUCGUCAAAAACGAGUUUUACACAUAGUGGAAAGAUUUAGUUUAUUUCUACAUAACAUGUUGGCCGUCAAUUAUUAUUAUAGUCAUGAUUGGGACAAAUUACAAAAAGUGGCAGAUGAUGUCGAGCAGUAUCUUGAGGAUUUGGGUUGGGUGCAGUUUUAUCGUGGCCAGAUGGAUCGAGGAAUCGAUUCAAUAAUGGUGUCAACUGUUCAAGCUGAUCAAGAAUUUGAAGCAAUAGCGUUUGAAGAUUUUACUAGAAAAUUAAGAACUGAUAUAGCGGCUGUUUCCACCAUAAAAACUUCGUCUUCUAACACUGCUGACACCUUCACCCAUAAAAUUACGGAAAAUAAAAUUAAAUAUAAUAUUACUGACAAUAAUAUUACAGACGUUACCACCACCACAGACAAUGAAAUUACAUAUCAUAAAAUCACAAAACCAGUGUAUUUAAGAUGGACAAGUCUCAUUCAAGAUCAACUUAAUUUCUUUUGCUUACAACAAUAUAUAAUGGAUAAAUUUAAACCACCUUCUAAAUGGCAGCUUGCUGAAUAUUUAUCAGUGGUACUAUUUGGCAACAUUUAG